UGUGGUUGUCGUUGGAAGCACUCAACCUAUUGAAGUUGUAAAUGUGCAGGUGAAGAAAACGCACAAAAGAUGGAUCCGAAGCUAACUGAGGUUUCUCAGCUCUUUGAUCGCUUUAAGGCUGCAUUUCUCAGGAACGACUAUGAUACCUGUUCCAAUCUCCUUUCCCAGCUAAAGGUGAUGCUAACAGAGUUCAGAAGCCUUCCACCCUUGUUUGCUGAUACACCUAAUGCUGUUCAUGAGUUAACAAUAGCAAGGGAUAUAUACGAGCAUGCUGUUGUCCUUAGCGUGAAAAUCGAGGAUCAGGAUGCCUUCGAAAGGGAUUUCUUUCAGUUGAAACCUUAUUAUACAGAUGCCUGUAAUCGUCUUCCACCAUCUUCUCAGGAGUACCCAAUACUAGGUCUCAACCUGUUGAGACUACUUGUGCAGAAUAGGAUUGCUGAAUUCCAUACUGAGUUGGAAUUGCUUUCAUCCGCCGCACUAGAGAAUCCUUGCAUUAAGCAUGCUGUGGAGUUGGAGCAAUCUUUUAUGGAAGGUGCUUACAAUCGCGUAUUGAGUGCUCGACAGACAGUGCCACAUGAUACAUAUGUUUAUUUCAUGGAUCUUUUGGCUAAGACCGUCAGAGAUGAAAUAGCAGGAUGCAGUGAGAGAGCAUAUGACUCUCUUUCAAUUAAGGAUGCUAGGCAAAUGUUGUUGUUCUCCUCAGACCAGGAACUCUUGGAAUAUAUUAAAGAGGAGCAUCCUGAGUGGGAGAUAAAGAGUGGUUGUGUCUUUUUCCAAAAGGCAAAAGAAUCUGCACCAUGCAAAGAAAUACCCUCUUUGCAACUCAUCAACCAGACGCUUAGUUAUGCUAGGGAGUUGGAGAGGAUAGUUUGAAAAGAAAGCAAUGGCUUGUGUUUCUAAAUUUCCAGGUGUUUGGAUAAUAGUUGUUAAUACUGUCUCUUGAAAUUGUUUAUUUCUGAUGCAAUGCGGAACUUUUUCACCUCUGUAUUUUGGUCAUCUAGGUGGCUGUAUUGUUUGUUGGGGUAUUUUUUUUAUUCCUUUAGUUGUGCUCUGGGAAAAUAGAAAAAACACUCCAUACUUAUGUUGACUGUUCUAUGUUGAGGACUGGAAGAUUGAUGAUUCUGUAGUCUGAAUUUCAAAGCCAUUAAAAGGUUCAGUUUCAAAUUAUGGGAUUUUCCAUUUUUAGG